AUGGGGGGGGGAUUGGUGCUAGCUGCAGGAGCGGCCGAGACCGGUGGAGGGUGCGGAAACAGCCACAGCAGGGUGGAGCUUCAGACGGUUGUAGGGUUGCAGUGGAGCAGCAAGCACUGGACGGAGGUGGUGCGAGAUCGACGAGCGGUGCUCGAGCGGAGAGGUGUAAGGUUAUUGGAAGUGGUUAGCCAGCAACUUGGCAUCCGGUGGAGCCGCUGGCGCCACCUCUCUUCUUUUUGUGUAUUCCGUGGAUUAUGCUCGGACCCGUUGGCAAAUGAUGCUAAGGUCGUCAAGACGGGAAGCGAGAGGCAGUUCAACGGCUUGAUCAUUGUCUACAGGAAGACGCUCAAGUCUGAUGGCAUCGCUGGUCUCUACCGUGGAUUCACCGUUUCGUGUGUUGGGAUAAUAGUCUACCGCAGGCUUUACUUUGGUCUGAAUGAUUCUCUCAAGCCGGUGGUUUUUGUUGGUAAAAUGCAGGAUAGUUUCGGUGAACCAGGAACAAAUGGGCAGCAUAGUUUUUACCAACUCCAAGUGGUAUACUCAAGAAUUUUAUUUGUGACAAACCUUGUCAGAUGCUAUGUUUCCAUUGAAGGUGUAGUGAUUUAUGGAUCUGCUUGCUUUUUUGAUAUGUGUCUAGGUAGGGAUGAUUUGUCUCACAAUAUGCUGGAUAACAUUCAUGCUCACUAG